UUUUCCCUUGGCGUAUUCGAUUGAUAGGUGGGGUCAUUAUACGCAGUAGGGUAGGAAAGAGGAUGGAGGCUGCGGAAAGGGCCGGCCCAUUAUUGCACGUUCAACGUCCGCGUGGCCAGAGAGCUCUCCUGUAGUGGAAGACACCUGCCAGCACGGCCUGCGUCGGCUCAACCUCGCAACCGUGACUUGCGGCAUGCGUCUUGAUGCCGGCUUUGAAACCUGCGACUCUGCGACCGACCCUGAAUUCUGCACACGCCGCCGCGGCACUUGUUCCGAACGCGCCCCAGCAGACGAAGCCAGCACCGCGGCAAACCCGCGGCGAGCUCUGUGACCGAGGCGGAGCUUGCCCUGGUGGCCGCGGCGCCCUCCCCGAGGCGUGUCUGAACAAACGGCGCGGCGACAGAUGGGCGCCCGCCGACUUCUCGGUGGAUCUCUACUACCGCCUUGAUCUGCGUCGGACGGCGCAGGCAUGCUUCCUGUACGCGCCGUGCAGCCGACUGACGGCGCAUCGGCAGGGCUCCCGAAAGUGCUGGACAGUCCAUGAUUGCGCACGGCUGCUGCGAUCGGGAGGAGAGAGCCAGGAAUCGCCCCUCGCAGCUGAUCAGAAUGGCACUCUCAUGUGGAGAAGUAAUGAAACGAAGUGGAAAAGGUGGCAGCGGAGAGCAUGCUCCAGAGUCGUGCUGCCAAGUCUGAUAUCGGACCACUUCACCGGUGGGGGCCGCAGCCUGGGAUAAGCUGUGGACUUCAGAGUCACUUCUUCUGAACCACCACGGCACUGCAGGCACGACGAACAAACUAAUUACCUAUCGGGGUCAAACUCGCCACGAUUCGCUGGAGACCCGUCCUCGAGAGACCUCUGGGUGCUCUCAGGACCCAUCGUCCUUCCAAGCACGGAUGCUUCGCUCCCAAGCAGGCCUCCGUCACGGAGCGCGCGCGGGGUGAAGGAGCAGCGCAUUGGGCAUCGAGCCUGAAGGUGCCCAUUCUCCAACCACGCGCGGCAGCAAACGUCAUGGAUCAAGGACGUGGCCGCAGGGAAGCCUCCCCGCGAGGCAGCCGACCAAGAGCUCGUCCAGGCAAACGGCGCACGCCCGGCCCGGGCACUCCGAGCAGCCGUCCCGGACCACGAAGGAGGCCACGGGCGGCCUCGGCGGGCAGCGGGCCUCCUCCUUCGGAGGGCCCGGAGGCGAGGGCACGCGCCCGAACCACAGGCAGCUCAGCAGGAUGUCGGCGAACGCAAACACCAGGCGGGCAAACAUCGCCUGCAGAGGCGGGCGGUCUCGGCCUUCGAUGAGCGGGGCGCGUCCGCGGGAGAGCCGCCAGCUGGUCAUGACGAGCAUCUGCGCGAGCAGAACUGCACCCGAUACGACGAGCACGAGGGCGAUGAGCAACGGGUGCCACUGCCCAGCUGGCUGCCCAAGCCGCUCGCUUGUGCGAGGGGCCGCGAUGGCAAUGCCGCCCCUGAUCGCUUUGAUCGGGGCGAGGACCCAGAACGCUAUCCGCAUGUGCGCCAUCUCCCACGUCGGGGUCAGCAGCAGUCUAGAACAGCACCAUAUCAGAAGCGAGAUCGACGUGAGGAGCUCGAACGAGGCCUGGUACAUGCAGAGUCUGCACAGCGGCAAGCACGAGAAUCCCUGGCGCAGCAGGACUCCGACCGACUGAAGGGGCAUGGGAAUGUGGCCGCGAGAGC